UCCAAGGAGGGCGCUUCUUGCUCUCGUCGCCGCGCUGCAUGGGGCGCCAGCGCUUGGCGCUCUCCAGAUAUGGUCUCGGUGGUGGUGGAGGGCUCUCUGUGAUCCCGGCAUCCGCGGUGUCUGGCCCGGCGGGCGGAGGAAGCGAACGAGGUAGCAGAAGGAGGCGCGCUCGUCUGGUGCCAGAAUCAGCCAGCCGGGUUGCUGCGGGCGACUCGGUCUGCAGGUUAGAAAAAAUUUGGAAAUUGGUCUGACAGAACAAUCAUGAUGGGAUUAAAGAAUCCAACUGCCUUGCCUGGUGGUCUUCUUCUUUUAAGUGUUGUUGUACUUUUGCUAUGCCAUGUGGACAAAGUACACACAGAACAUCAACCUGAAGAAACCAAUCAUUCUGAAGAAUGUACUGGUUCCUAUAUCUGUAAGAAAGGUGUGAUUUUGCCCAUCUGGGAACCUCAAGAUCCUUCAUUUGGUGAUAAAAUAGCAAGAGCUACUGUAUACUUUGUGGCCAUGGUCUAUAUGUUUCUAGGAGUGUCUAUUAUAGCAGACCGCUUCAUGUCAUCCAUAGAAGUGAUUACAUCCCAAGAGAGAGAGAUAACAAUCAAGAAACCCAACGGUGAGACCAGCAAGACAACAGUAAGAAUUUGGAAUGAGACUGUUUCCAACUUAACAUUGAUGGCUUUGGGCUCUUCUGCACCUGAGAUCCUCCUAUCUGUCAUUGAAGUCUGUGGCCAUGGCUUCAAGGCAGGGGACCUUGGGCCAAGCACUAUUGUAGGAAGUGCUGCCUUUAAUAUGUUUGUCAUUAUAGCCAUUUGUGUUUAUGUUGUCCCUGAUGGGGAAAUCAGGAAGAUUAAGCAUCUUCGUGUGUUUUUUGUCACUGCAGCUUGGAGCAUUUUUGCCUAUACUUGGCUUUAUCUAAUUUUGUCAGUUAUGUCACCUGGGAUAGUAGAAGUCUGGGAAGGUUUACUCACUUUCUUCUUUUUUCCUAUCUGUGUGGUGUUUGCAUGGGUUGCUGAUCGAAGGCUUUUAUUCUACAAAUAUGUCUACAAGAAGUACAGAGCUGGCAAGCAAAGGGGCAUGAUAAUUGAACAUGAGGGUGAAGGGCCACCAUCCAAAGCUGACAUUGAAAUGGAUGGAAAGAUAAUUAAUUCCCAUGUUGAAAGUUUCUUGGAUGGCACUCUGGUUUUAGAGGUAGAUGAGAAGGAUCAAGAUGAUGAAGAAGCAAGAAGAGAAAUGGCUAGAAUCCUUAAGGAAUUGAAACAGAAGCAUCCAGACAAAGAGAUUGAACAGCUGAUAGAACUAGCUAAUUACCAGGUGCUGAGUCAGCAACAAAAGAGUCGCGCCUUUUAUCGUAUUCAGGCUACUCGGCUAAUGACUGGAGCUGGCAAUAUAUUGAAGCGACACGCAGCUGACCAAGCACGAAAAGCAGUCAGCAUGCAUGAGGUCAACUGUGAAGUGGCAGACAAUGACCCUGUCAGUAAAGUCUAUUUUGAGCAGAGCACCUACCAGUGCCUUGAGAACUGUGGCACAGUAGCUCUAACAAUUGCCCGUCGAGGUGGUGAUUUGACCAAAACAGUCUUGGUUGACUUCAGAACAGAAGAUGGUACAGCCAAUGCGGGGUCUGAUUACGAGUUCACUGAAGGGACAGUGCUAUUUAAGCCAGGUGAGACACAAAAAGAAAUAAGAGUUGGCAUAAUUGAUGAUGAUAUAUUUGAGGAAGAUGAGAAUUUCCUUGUUCACCUCAGUAAUGUGAAAGUGUCAGAACAAUCUGAAGAAGGUGUUCUAGAGGGCAACCAUGUUGCAGCUGUGGCUUGCCUGGGAUCACCUGCUACAGCUACAGUUACAAUCUUUGAUGAUGAUCAUGCUGGCAUAUUUACUUUUGAGGAACCGGUCACUCAUGUAAGUGAGAGUGUGGGGACCAUGGAAGUGAAAGUUCUACGGACAUCCGGAGCUCGAGGAAAUGUUAUUGUGCCAUACAAAACAAUUGAAGGCACAGCCAAAGGAGGCGGAGAGGACUUCGAGGACACUUGUGGAGAGCUUGAAUUUCAGAAUGAUGAGAUUGUGAAAUUCAUUACCCUUAGAAUACUUGACCGUGAGGAAUAUGAGAAAGAGUGCAGUUUCUUCCUUGUGCUUGAGGAACCAAUAUGGAUACGAAGAAGAAUGAAAGGUGGCUUCACAAUUACAGGCAAGCCUGUCUUCAGGAAGGUUCAUGCUAGAGACCAUCCCCUUCCUUCUACUGUAAUCCACAUUCAAGAAGAAAACGAAGAGAAGCAGCCUCUGACAAGCAAAGAGGAGGAAGAACGCCGCAUUGCUGAAAUGGGGCGCCCCAUCCUGGGAGAGCACACAAAGCUAGAAGUGAUUAUUGAAGAGUCCUACGAGUUCAAGAACACUGUGGACAAGCUUAUUAAGAAGACAAAUCUUGCUCUUGUGGUUGGAACAAACAGCUGGAGAGAGCAGUUCAUUGAGGCUAUCACUGUUAGUGCUGGAGAGGAUGAUGAUGAUGAUGAAUGUGGUGAAGAGAAGCUACCAUCCUGCUUUGAUUAUGUGAUGCACUUUCUGACCGUCUUCUGGAAAGUCCUUUUUGCGUUUGUCCCCCCAACAGACUACUGGAAUGGUUGGGCUUGUUUUGUAGUGUCCAUCCUCAUGAUUGGCCUUCUCACAGCUUUCAUUGGGGAUUUGGCAUCCCAUUUUGGUUGCACAAUUGGCCUGAAGGAUUCUGUGACUGCAGUCGUAUUUGUUGCAUUGGGAACUUCAGUGCCAGAUACAUUUGCCAGCAAAGUAGCAGCAACACAAGAUCAAUAUGCAGAUGCUUCCAUAGGUAACGUCACUGGUAGCAAUGCUGUGAAUGUUUUCCUGGGAAUCGGCGUAGCCUGGUCCAUUGCUGCAAUCUACCACGCAGCCAAUGGGCAGCCAUUUGCAGUCCAACCAGGCACCCUGGCUUUCUCUGUCACCCUCUUCACUAUAUUUGCUUUUAUCAGUGUUGGCGUGCUCCUCUACCGGCGAAGACCAGAGAUUGGAGGUGAGCUAGGCGGGCCACGGACUGCCAAGAUUCUGACCUCAUGCCUGUUUGUGCUGCUUUGGCUCUUGUACAUAUUUUUCUCAUCUCUGGAAGCCUACUGCCACAUAAAGGGCUUCUAAAGAAACUAUUGAAGAUAGUAUCUAUAUGUAUCUAUAUAUAGAAAGAGAGAUAUAUAGAUAUAGAUCUAAUAUUAUUGAACAGAGGAAGAAAAGACAUUUGCCAUAUUCACUUACCUAUUGAUGGAAUGUAGCUUUGUGGUAGGAGUUUGAAAUCUGCAGGAGUCUUCACCAGGAGCAGCAGCAUUGCAAUGGAGACGUGGAUGCAGGGCCAUCUUUGCAACUCAGCCUACAAGGUCAUGAUGGAGUUACUUUGUAUUUUCCUUUUCCCUCCCUCUCUAAGGAGCAGUUGGAUCUCAAAGGAGGUUGCUUGGAAAGACCAAUGGCCAACUUUAAGUUAUAUCAUAUUGGGCGAAUGACUUAAAUGGGAGUUCUUGACUUUCUUACCAAAAUCUUUGUUGCCUUCUUCAUUAACUCAAGAACAAGCUGAAUCACCACCCUCAAUGACACAUGUGAGUCUAGAGUGACCAACACAAUCCAAGGGGGUUCUAACCCCAUGCUGUUUGUUGGGGAGGGUAGUUUUGUUUUGUUUUUUUGUUUUGUUUUGUUUUUGUUUCUGCUUUGAUCCCUCCUUUACUGCUUGGUUCUUCAGAUGUUGUUAUACCACAGAAAUCCCUUUCCCAUUUUUUUCAGAACUCUAUUUGUGACCAGCACCCUCUUAAAAGAAAAAUAGCCACCUAAACCAUAUUUAACCAGUUCUCCAUUUGCUCCAAACUGUGGAUUAUAGACUCAUGCCCAAAGCCCUAGUAUCCACCUCUAGCAUUAUUUUUUCCUGUAUUUCUGACAUAUUUUGUCAGAUUAAUUUCAGUUUCCUCCCCUGCCCUCCCAUCUGCCAAUAUUUGCUGCUAUGCUCCUUCUCAUACUCCAGUUUGGGAAUGCUUUCAUUGUACUUGUUGUAACACUUUGCAUGAAUGAAGCAAACCAUAAUCUGUAAUAUAGCAUUGAAUAGUGAUAGUGAAGCUGACUGACCAUUGAAGAUGCAAGGGUGUUUCUUUCCACAUCUUUUCUUUUCAAUGAACAGGGUGAGAGUCCAGAAAUGGCUGGUAUCCAUUCUGUUGCUCUAUGUAAGGUUCCUAAGAAGCAAUAACCAAGAGCUGGAGAGAGACCUAUGUUUUAAAGGGAAGAAUCUGUACAAGUUUCAUUACAUAAAAAGGAAUCUGUUUGCCAGAUAAGCAUAGGACAGACAGAAAGUUGUUUGUACUGAGUCAAGCCAGUAACCUAUCUAGUACAGGACUCUCACUGAGAGUGGUUCUCUGAGGUCUCAGGGAGUAGCUUAUCCAGCCCUGUAACUAUUUUAACUGGUGAUUCCAUGAAUUGAACUAGAGACUGUUGACAUGUGCUCUACCACUGACUUCUGGAUGAAUUAAGCCUGUUUGUGAUUAGACUGUUGGAACUAAGUGGGACUUAGCAUUGUUCAUUUUAAGUAUGAAUAGCUGUGUUGAACCCUAAAUCACCAGAACAUCCUUGAGCUUUUUUUCAAUCACCCAUUUCACCCAGAGUAUUCAUGCUGCAUGUGCUCCAGAUGCCAAUUCUUUCGUCUCUUGCAUUGCUUAUUCUCUCUGCUCCUGCUCCUGCUCUGUGGAAACCUCUAGACCUUUGUAAAGGGCAAUCCACCAUCAGAAUACUGUAAUUCAAAUUUACUCCUUUGUGCUGGAGUUAAAAAGUUCUACCACCCAUUGGCCUUCAGAACAACAAAGGGUCCUAACAGAAAAGUGGCACUAUCUGAAUUGUCUGGCAGUGAAUUAGCAUUUAUCUCCAUCAAUUAAAAAUAUCAGUAUUGUUGUUUAUUAUUUGAUCAUUGUCAACAAUGUACUCAUCAAUGUUCAGAGUACAUUAAGAUACCAAAACAAAGCUUUACUUGGGAAGUAUCAUCCAGGGACAGUGCAACUGAACAGUCUAGUGAUAUUUAUUUUGUAGCUGGUUUGUCUAUUGGUUUUUCAUGCUCCUUCCUUCUAAACUUUUCAUUUAUCAGUGUUUCCUCACCACCCACUUCUGAAAUAUCUAAAGCAGGCAAUUCAAAAAUGGAAUUAGGGAGAAUGAAACUAUUGAAAUAAUUCAUUUUUCUUUCCUAACUAAAGAUAGAAUCUAUUUCUGGGCACCAGAGAAGUAAAAAUGUGCAUGACUUUGCUGCUCCCUGGUCACAUGGAAGCAGUAUGGAUGCUCAU